AAAGCCUUUAGCCAUGACGGGUUUUUUGUUGUUCAUAAGUCCAUCCUGCCAGGCGUUUAACGGUUGGUUUGUGAACUGCAAAAUCCACAAAGAGAGGGAAGCGUCUGCUGCGCCCCUUGGGUCGUUUUAAAUUUGCCUUUAAAACAUCACCGAAACCUUAAACAUCGUAAACUUAAACAACUGCUAGCUAUGGCAGAGGGAGACAACAAAAGCGCCAACGUAAUCGCCCAGGAGACGGCCCAGCUGGAGGAGCAGCUGCAGGGCUGGGGAGAAGUGAUCCUGGCUGGGGACCAGGUCCUGCGCUGGAAGAAACCAUGGUUCCCUGGAGCCCUGAUGGCAGCCACCACACUGGUCUUCAUGAUGACCUACUACCUGGACCCCUCGGUGCUGACCGGCCUAUCCUGCACUGUCAUGCUGCUGUGUCUGUCUGACUACCUGGUGCCUACCCUCGCACCCCGCAUCUUCGGAUCCAACAAGUGGUCUUCAGAGCAGCAGCAGCGUUUCCAUGAGAUCUGUGGUAACCUGGUGAAGACUCAGCGUCGCAUCCUGGGCUGGUGGAAAAGACUCUUCUCACUCAAGGAGGAGAAACCCAAGAUGUACUUUGCGUCGGUGAUCAGCAGUCUGGUGGCGGUGGCCUGGAUGGGACAGCAAGUCCACAACCUCUUCCUCACCUACCUGAUCGUGAGUUUCCUGCUCCUGCUUCCUGGUCUGAACCAGCAUGGCGUCAUAAGCAAGUACGCUGGCAUGGCCAAGAGGGAGAUCAACAAACUGCUGAAACAGAAGGAGAAGAAGAACGAGUAGAAAGAAAGGAGAAGAAGAGGGGAUCUGUGAGAUGAACGGGAGAGAAGAAAAUGAGAGGAAGGAGAAACCCGUAGAUCAAACAUAAAAAUGGUCUGCUCAGACCAACUCCACACACGCCCUCUCCCCCCUUGACCUCUGACCUGUCACCUAACCAACCAAUCACCUGGCGGGAUUUGUUUUUCAACAGGAAGUGUUUUUCCACCUAUCCUCCCACGCAUGCAGUCAGUCGCCAUGUCGGUCAAGGCUUUAGUUCACGAGCAGACCACACUGAAACAUUACAACGCACAGAUAUGAACCCCCCCCCCACAUGGAGGUGGCCCCCAGCUGUGUCUGUCUCUAGAUCCUAUAUGAAGGUGUUUAAGAAGCCAGUCACUUAUUACUUUUGAAGUCCGAGGAAAGACUACUGAACAGAAACCUCUAGCAAUAUUAUUAUUAUCCAACACCCCACACAUAUAAUACCAUCACAAUAUAUAAUACAACUCAAUCUCCCAGUGAGGAUGGUCAGUGUAAUGGACAUACUGAUGGUAGGUAGUGUCAGUAAUUAAAUCUCCCAGUGAGGAUGGUCAGUGUAAUGGACAUACUGAUGGUAGGUAGUGUCAGUAAUUAAAUCUCCCAGUGAGGAUGGUCAGUGUAAUGGACAUACUGAUGGUAGGUAGUGUCAGUAAUUAAAUCUCCCAGUGAGGAUGGUCAGUGUAAUGGACAUACUGAUGGUAGGUAGUGUCAGUAAUUAAAUCUCCCAGUGAGGAUGGUCAGUGUAAUGGACAUACUGAUGGUAGGUAGUGUCAGUAAUUAAAUCUCCCAGUGAGGAUGGUCAGUGUAAUGGACAUACUGAUGGUAGGUAGUGUCAGUAAUUAAAUCUCCCAGUGAGGAUGGUCAGUGUAAUGGACAUACUGAUGGUAGGUAGUGUCAGUAAUUAAAUCUCCCAGUGAGGAUGGUCAGUGUAAUGGACAUACUGAUGGUAGGUAGUGUCAGUAAUUAAAUCUCCCAGUGAGGAUGGUUAGUGUAAUGGACAUACUGAUGGUAGGUAGUGUCAGUAAUUAAAUCUCCCAGUGAGGAUGGUCAGUGUAAUGGACAUACUGAUGGUAGGUAGUGUCAGUAAUUAAAUCUCCCAGUGAGGAUGGUCAGUGUAAUGGACAUACUGAUGGUAGGUAGUGUCAGUAAUUAAAUCUCCCAGUGAGGAUGGUCAGUGUAAUGGACAUACUGAUGGUAGGUAGUGUCAGUAAUUAAAUCUCCCAGUGAGGAUGGUCAGUGUAAUGGACAUACUGAUGGUAGGUAGUGUCAGUAAUUAAAUCUCCCAGUGAGGAUGGUCAGUGUAAUGGACAUACUGAUGGUAGGUAGUGUCAGUAAUUAAAUCUCCCAGUGAGGAUGGUCAGUGUAAUGGACAUACUGAUGGUAGGUAGUGUCAGUAAUUAAAUCUCCCAGUGAGGAUGGUCAGUGUAAUGGACAUACUGAUGGUAGGUAGUGUCAGUAAUUAAAUCUCCCAGUGAGGAUGGUCAGUGUAAUGGACAUACUGAUGGUAGGUAGUGUCAGUAAUUAAAUCUCCCAGUGAGGAUGGUCAGUGUAAUGGACAUACUGAUGGUAGGUAGUGUCAGUAAUUAAAUCUCCCAGUGAGGAUGGUCAGUGUAAUGGACAUACUGAUGGUAGGUAGUGUCAGUAAUUAAAUCUCCCAGUGAGGAUGGUCAGUGUAAUGGACAUACUGAUGGUAGGUAGUGUCAGUAAUUAAAUCUCCCAGUGAGGAUGGUCAGUGUAAUGGACAUACUGAUGGUAGGUAGUGUCAGUAAUUAAAUCUCCCAGUGAGGAUGGUUAGUGUAAUGGACAUACUGAUGGUAGGUAGUGUCAGUAAUUAAAUCUCCCAGUGAGGAUGGUUAGUGUAAUGGACAUACUGAUGGUAGGUAGUGUCAGUAAUUAAAUCUCCCAGUGAGGAUGGUCAGUGUAAUGGACAUACUGAUGGUAGGUAGUGUCAGUAAUUAAAUCUCCCAGUGAGGAUGGUCAGUGUAAUGGACAUACUGAUGGUAGGUAGUGUCAGUAAUUAAAUCUCCCAGUGAGGAUGGUCAGUGUAAUGGACAUACUGAUGGUAGGUAGUGUCAGUAAUUAAAUCUCCCAGUGAGGAUGGUCAGUGUAAUGGACAUACUGAUGGUAGGUAGUGUCAGUAAUUAAAUCUCCCAGUGAGGAUGGUUAGUGUAAUGGACAUACUGAUGGUAGGUAGUGUCAGUAAUUAAAUCUCCCAGUGAGGAUGGUUAGUGUAAUGGACAUACUGAUGGUAGGUAGUGUCAGUAAUUAAAUCUCCCAGUGAGGAUGGUCAGUGUAAUGGACAUACUGAUGGUAGGUAGUGUCAGUAUUGUUUCAGGAGGCUGGGACACAGCUGUCGUUGUUGCUGCCAUCGUUCCUUUACCUUUCAGAUUCCUGCUUCUGUCUGUUUUUAAGAAACCGCACUGAAACCGUAGCUGGAACUGGAGUUUAGAGUAGAGAAGCAGACCUAGGCGACGUCCCACGUGGCACCCUAUUCCCUAUGUAGUGCACUACACCUAUAGGCCCUGGUCAACAGUAGUGCACUAUCUAGGGAAUAGGGUGCCAUUUGGGACUCCAAGCCUAGUCUGGUGCCGUUUGGAAUAUAUCAUUUUGGGUGUGUGUCUGAAAUGGCACCCUAUUCCCUAUGUAGUGCACUACCCCUAUAGGCCCUGGUCAACAGUAGUGCACUAUCUAGGGAAUAGGGUGCUAUUUAAGACGCCGCCCUGGUGUGAGCUGACACUGGUUCAGAGGCACAGACCUAGGAUCAGCGUAACCUGCCCCCUACCCUGACCUUACUGUCUAGUCCAGGUGAUCUUUAUCCUACUAGUCCCACUGCUGCUAGAGUCCUUUAUCUGUCCCUCCUCUAUCCCUGUCUCACCACGGUCUAAACCCAGCUCAUGUUCCCUAUUAGUAGGUGAACAGUCCAACGCUUGAUGAAAUCUACUAAUAACGCUGUUAGCUGGACCUGCUAGUCUUUAUCUGUCCCUCUCUCUCUCUCUCUCUCUCUCUCUCUCUCUCUCUCUCUCUCUCUCUCUCUCUCUCUCUCUCUCUCUCUCUCUCUCUCUCUCUCUCUCUCUCUCUCUCUCUCUCUGGUCGGGGGGCCUGUGAUUGUAAAUACGCCAAUCCUCUUCCUGUCUUUAUCUCUCCGUCUUGUCUGUGUUAUAUUCUUUACCUACUAUCUCGCUGUUCCUCUCCUCUAUUUCAUCUGUUGUUUGAGUUCUCUACAAACAAUGAAUAAAGUCUGAUUUAAAUGAA